AUGGUAUACGCUAUUGACUUUGGUGUGGCUACGAGUUUUGAUGGAUCUGAUGCAGAAGAGGACCGGGACGACAUAUUUGUUCCUUUCGGUGGCACUGCUCGCUACGCCAGUUUGAGAAGUCAUGCGGGUCUUCAACAAUCAUGGGGCGAUGAUUUAGAAUCCGUUGGGUAUAUGCUAGUGUAUUUCGCGAGAGGUUCAUUACCGUGGCAGGGCCUGCAGGCUGAGACAGAUGCGGAGCUUAAAGAUAAGAUCGGUGAAAUGAAGGCAAGCAUGUCGGUGAAAGAGCUUUGCAGAGAUCUGCCCGACGAAUUCGCAGAAUACAUCGAUUACACCCGAUCACUCCCAUACGGAAAAAAGCCAGACUACAAUCGUCUUCAGACCAGAUUCCGGCGAUUGUUCACCAGGAUGGGGUUCAAGUACAACAAAGUCUUCGACUGGACUGAAAGGCUAUUCAAUGAGCUUCAAGACGGCCACCGCAAUGCAGCGGUUUGA